CGCUACGGUGGCUCCCCACACUGACUGACACAGUAACCUGUGAGCUACUGUGCUCCUGCAGCUCACCUUCCAGAAACAUUGUGAGGAAAGAAAACAAACCUGGAUGGAUGGAUCCUUUACUAUUAAACAUAUUUUAGAGUCCAUAGUGAACUGAAACGUUUCGGAUUUCGUGACUGAUCUGAAUGUUUCAGUCGCUCGCGCUGAAGCGAACGCGGAUUCCUCGCGCAGAGAAUCAAAGUCUCUCAAACGCACCGUUUAGCUGCACAAACAUGGAUGUUCUGGCCAAUUACAGUAUUUUUCAAGAACUUCAACUUGUGCAUGACACUGGCUACUUCUCCGCGAUGCCGUCGCUGGAGGAAAACUGGCAGCAGACAUGCUUGGAGUUGGAACGCUAUCUGCAGACGGAACCCAAACGGCUGUCUGACCUUUUCGACGAAGAACUGGACGGCCUCCUUACCCCCUCCUUCAUGAAGGAAGACGGCGAUGAAGAUCUGUUAGACCCCCUCCUUCCCAGCCUCAACAACCCGCCUAGUCCUCCUCCUCCUCACCUCACCCCACGCAAAGAAACCAUCUCCUCCACAUCCUCUACUGUGACCUCUCCAGACAUCACCUUAGGGGUCAACGCAGCCCAGCUGAAUGCCGUCACCUCCCUAACGCCUCCCUCAUCCCCAGAACUGGGCCGUCACUUAGUCAAACCCACCCACACGCUUAGUGCCUCACCCGACGGGACUCUCACGCUCAAGCUAGUGGCCCGAAAGGUGGGCUUGAGCUCUGCCAAGCUCGUGACGGCUCACCCAGUGCCCCUCUCUCCCCAGCAUGGCAGCAGCGGCACACAGAGCGACGGGGAACAGGGUGGCACCUUCACCAUGGGGGCUGGCGAGAUGGCAGAGAACAAGAAGAGGGUCCAUCGCUGCCAGUUCAACGGCUGUCGGAAAGUCUACACCAAGAGUUCACAUCUGAAGGCACAUCAGAGGACACACACAGGGGAGAAGCCGUACAAGUGCUCAUGGGAAGGCUGCGAAUGGCGGUUCGCGAGAAGCGACGAGUUGACGAGGCACUACCGCAAACACACCGGCGCCAAGCCUUUCAAGUGCAAUCACUGCGACAGGUGUUUUUCUCGAUCCGAUCACUUGGCACUGCACAUGAAGAGGCAUAUCUGAGGAGGACGAAGAGGAGGAGGUGGCAAAAUGGCGAGGUGGAGGAAGAGACAGAGAAGAAGGUAGAGGAAGAGAAAGAGAGGGAUUAUGGGAAGGAGCCGAAUACCACUCAAGCCGUUCGCUCGUCCCACCAGAGAGAGGUCCCUGUGAGGGAUCGGUAGAAGGCCACAAUCGAUCGAUUCGUUUUGGUCGGGCGAGAUGCGAUUCACUUCUGACCAUAAGGAUGUAAAAUCAGAGGUCUACAGAUCUGAGAAGGUGGUACGACAGCUUCUGUCACUCCAAGACAAUGUGCUUCAGAUGGUAUUUGCGUGAUACUCAAAACAUCAAUGACUCGAUUUAGUUACUACUAUUAUUGCGUUCCUUCGUCUCCGAGAUCCAUUUAAUGUUUUAGUCGAUGUUACUUAAAGUAUGUCUUACGCAUAUUGGCACAAACUGACAAAAGCGACCAUUGCACCUGAUUUGAUUUACUGCACCGUGCGGGACGUGUCCUGAAUGCAUCUCCUCGAGAACCUUUGGAGAAUAUCGUAGCGAUAGGACGUCAAUCCAAAGAGAUGGAUUUUUUUUUUUCUCUCCCCCAUUUUGAGCAAGGAUUAUCUUUCUGCUUUGAUCCUGCCAAGCCACAGCCGAGAUCUAAAGUGGAACGUCCAUCCGGAGAAAUCUGGAUUUCAAAGGUGAGAGGCGACCAAGUGGAAUCGGCCAUCGCUCAAAUGUGAAUCUGACUGGGGGCAGUGGAGGAAAAACUCUCUCACCUUCUUCGUAGAUGGACAAAUCUCUCUCUUUCACGUCCCUCCCUGCCAACCAACAGCUGCGCAGCGACACUUUGAGACUUUUUAUAAAGGAAAAAAAAAUAAGGAAGAGAUCUUUUUGAAUGAUGACUAUGUUAUAUAAUUCAGAAGACUUCUUUUUUGCUUUUCUCCUGUGGAUGUGUACAAAAUAGAAAAAGAAAAAGAAAUAAAAAUGGACCAAAAAAACUGCCAUAUGCACAAGUGAAGAGUAGUGGAUUCUGCACUGGCACAGACCGCAUCUGAGGUGGACUUCAUUUCUAUAGAAAAGCGAACUUUUAGUGGCUAAAAAAAAAAAAGAAGAAGAAGAGCAAUGUUGUUGUUGCACACGUUUUGAGCAUUCCUCAACAUUAUUUAUGACCCAUGAAACGUUAUCCCAUAAACUUGGGUUCCUUCGGGAUUUCUAGGACUAGCAUGAAAUGAGAAAAGCACCAUGGUUUAUCUGCGGACUUCACAACAGAAUAAUGACUUCCACCAUUCAAGGCAGAGAUUUGCGAUCACAAAGUUUAGAUUUUGUAAAUCCAUCACAGUGUGUCCCGAAAAACGGUCUGGACACACAGUUAUUUUAGUUUGGACAGAUGAAAGCGUCACAAGAAAGAUGCAUGUGGUGUGUUUCGCUGGUCCUGCAGGUGACAUCUACAUGUUUAAACUUUGUGAUGGGUUUUUUUUUUUUUUUUUUUCUUAACAUUACAUAUCUGUCUGCCUUGCGUUCCUGGUAAAAAUGGCUGUACAGUGUGAAAAACGUAUAGUUAAAAUGAGGUUUAAAUUACAACGUACAAUCAAGUGUGGGAUGGAGAGUGUUCCUGAAUGUAAGGUUGUUUGAUUGUGGACGGCCCUGCACUUAUGCAAUCAUUCAGACCACUGAAAGGCCUGAUCUGCUGAAGAUAGAUC